UCCGAAUCAAAUUCCGCUUACUUUCUCUCCCACCUAACCUUUCUAUCUUCCACUCUUUCUUACGCCAGCCCCGCCCCGGAAUCGCCGAUCCUCGUUGCCUUCUCCGGCUACACCGUUUAGACAGAGAUAUUUUCAGCAGCAUUUGUCACAGAUGGCUUCUUCCUUCCGUGCAUUCCUGAACAGUCCAGUCGGUCCAAAAACAACUCACUUUUGGGGGCCUGUUGCCAAUUGGGGAUUUGUUCUUGCUGGGUUGGUGGACAUGAAGAAGCCCCCAGAAAUGAUAUCUGGCAACAUGACAACAGCAAUGUGUGUCUAUUCUGCACUAUUCAUGAGGUUUGCAUGGAUGGUACAGCCUCGAAACUAUCUACUCCUUGCAUGCCAUGCUUCAAAUGAGACUGUACAGCUCUACCAACUUUCCCGUUGGGCAAGAGCUCAGGGGUAUUUGUCAGAGAAGAAAGAGGAAGCCUCAUCACAGUAAAGCAGCUUUCAUUCAUUCUGAGUUUCUGUGAUUUUUGUUGUGAUCCCUGAAGUAUGUAUUCUUCAACUUACCAUAUAAGGAAUUUGCUUGAAUCAACUCACAUUCAUUUGACUGCAAGCUUCAAACUCCGCUAAGCCAAUUACACUAUUAAGUGAAUGUUGAUAGGCCCUCUGUCAUUACCUGUGAGAGGUAGAAUAGCUUAGAAAUCUAUCAUCGCUGGUAAUGAUUUGGGCAUCGUGCUAUUUAAUAAACUUUCCACUGAUUUAGCUGA